GGAAAGAGAUUCGGACAAAUCGUAAAUGCUUUAACAACAACAACAACUAUGCUCUCCAGUAUGUGUUCCUAAAUAGUUGUAAACUUCGUCGUCGUUGUCGUUGUCAUUCAAAUCAGUGUGAUUGGGUGAGUGCGUUUAACUGUAUGCGUGUGCGUAUGCAUAUGUGUCUGUGUGUGUUUAGUGUGUGACGUAUCGUCGUAAAAAGAGAAAGAGAACACGCGCGGUGCAGAGCGCGGGGGCGUUAACGGUUCCGGUGAAGUGCUGCUAAAACAGAGAGAGCGAGAGAGAGACAGCGUAACAGUGCGAGCGCAGUUGGGAGACGCAGGCAGGCAGGCAUUUAUUUUGUGUGCUCCGUAUCCUUUUGCUGCUGCUCGAAAAAUUCAAUGACCUCAUUUGUCUCACGUAUGGACAUAAUAUUUCUGUCCAUUUCUGUCUUUUUUCUCCCAAAACUAAACAGGACCAAUAGCAGCAACAACAACAGCCAGCAACAACAAAAUAUCACUCGACGGCGAGCUGUAAGAAAACGAUCAAUUAUCGAGUGAAAUUUAUCGAACCAAAAGCAAUAGAAAAGGAAAAAAAACAAGGAACCAGCAAAAAAAUAAAACAAACAGCACAGUCACGGCUCGCAAAACGGAACUAGAGAAAGAAGAGGAAGAACAACAACAAGAACAACAAUAGCAAAGCAAACAGCGACAAGCAGCAACAACAACAACACCAAAAACAAAUGGGAACUAAUUCGGGAGCCACCGCUGGCAUCAAUAAUAAGCCGGUCGGUGGUGCAGCCGUCCUCGGCGUCGGCGUUGCCAACUCAGCUGUCGGCGGCGGUGGCGGUGGUGUGCUCUCCAACAGUCUGGGCGUCUCCGGCGGAAUUGGUGGCGGCAGUGGCGGCGGACUCAGCAUUAGCGGCCUGAGUGGCGGCGGUGGACAAAACGCCAAUGUAGGUGGCAUUAUGGCCGGCAUGGGUGGACCAGGUGGCGGCGGUGGUGGCAACAUGGGCAGCGAUGAUGGUAUGGGCGGACCUGGUGGUGGCGGCGGCGGCGGUGGACCCAAUAAUCAGCAGGCUACCACGCCCCAAUACACAAUUCCGGGCAUCUUGCAUUUCAUACAGCACGAAUGGUCGCGCUUCGAACUGGAACGUUCACAAUGGGAUGUGGACAGGGCAGAGCUGCAGGCGCGCAUCGCAAUGCUGCUGGGCGAGCGCAAAUGCUUGGAGAGCCUCAAAUCAGAUCUGACGCGUCGCAUCAAGAUGCUGGAGUAUGCGUUGCGUCAGGAACGUGCGAAAUUUUAUCGAUUAAAAUACGGCACCGAUCCGCCGCAACUGAACGAACUGAAGCCGUCGUCAAAUGACGACGGGGGUCUCGGCAGCGAUGUGGCAACCGAUUCGGAGGUGCCCUACAGCUCGGUAUCGAAUACCACGUGGCGACAGGGCAGGCAAAUGUUGCGUCAAUAUCUUGCCGAAAUUGGUUACACAGACAACAUUAUCGAUGUGCGCUCGAAUCGGGUACGGUCCAUACUUGGUCUUAACAACAAUGCGGAUCACGAUGGUGGCGGCGGAAGUGGCAUCGGUGGCAUUGGCGGCGGAGGUGGAAUUGGCAGCGGUGGCGUCGGCGGCGGCGGUGAGAAUCUCAGUCCCAAUAUUAAUGGCAAUGAGAGUAAUAAACGUGCCUCGGAAUCGGAAGUGCAACAAUCGAAUGAUGCCAUCAUUACGGACACCGAGGCGGCGGUCAUGGCCAAUUUUGAGUUCCUUGGAACGACAGAGAUGUCCGACGAUGAUGAGAUUUCCGAUGAUCUGGAAAUGGUUGCAACCGACAAUGAGGACUCCGAUGUUAAAAUGGCCAAACGGCCCAAAUCUGGCAAGGAUAUGCUUACCGAAGAGGUGGACGGUUCGCUGGGAUUGGGUGAGCUGGCGCAGCUGACCGUCAACAAUGAGUCGGAUGGAGCGUACGAUGCAAAUGCCAAGGAUGGCACCGGUGGCAGUGCUGGUGGCGCUGGCUAUCGCAAGACAUGGAAUGCCAAGUAUACGCUACGCUCACAUUUUGAUGGUGUACGCUCGCUUAUCUUCCAUCCGGAGGAGCCGGUGCUAAUAACUGCCUCCGAGGAUAAUACGCUCAAGCUGUGGAAUCUACAGAAGACGGUGCAAGCCAAAAAAUCAGCUAGUCUCGAUGUGGAGCCACUGUACACGUUCCGUGCCCAUACCGGCGCCGUACUCUGCCUGGGUAUGUCGUCCAGCGGCGAGACAUGCUAUUCGGGUGGACUCGAUGGCAAUAUCGAAUGCUGGCAAUUGCCAUCCCCAAAUAUUGAUCCAUACGACUGCUAUGAUCCGAAUGUCCAUUCGGGCACCCUCGAGGGGCAUACGGACGCCGUUUGGGGUUUGACAACAAUGCAAAAUAAUAUUGUAUCAUGCUCGGCGGAUGGUAGUGUUAAAUUGUGGUCACCGUACACCAAGGAGCCGCUGCUGCGCACCUAUACGGCCGCGGAGGCCGAGGGCGGGCCCUCAUCCGUGGAUUUCGUGCGUAACGAAGUCGAUCAUAUUGUUGUCGCCUACAACAGUGCCCAUUGCAUAAUUUAUGAUACGGAGACGGGCAAGCAGGUGAUUAAGCUGGAAGCCUCACAGGAGAUGUCCGGCAAUACGGGGAAGUUCAUCAAUAAGGUCGUCUCACAUCCGACACUGCCCAUAACAAUAACCGCGCACGAAGAUCGUCACAUACGCUUCUGGGAUAAUACAUCGGGCACAUUGGUCCAUUCGAUGGUUGCCCAUUUGGAGCCGGUCACAUCGUUGGCCGUCGAUGCACAUGGUCUGUAUUUGUUGUCCGGUUCGCAUGAUUGCUCUAUCCGCCUCUGGAAUUUGGACAAUAAGACGUGCGUCCAGGAGAUCACCGCACAUCGCAAGAAAUUCGAUGAGAGCAUAUUCGAUGUGGCGUUCCAUGCCACCAAGCCCUACAUAGCCAGUGCCGGUGCCGAUGGACUGGCCAAGGUCUUUGUCUAGGUGUUUUGGUUUGGUUUUUUUUUCAAUAGGAUUCGUCACCUUCACCCGCUGCUGAUGCCUCAGCGGCUCUCUCUCUCCCUUUCUCUCUGUCUCUCAGAGCAAAUGCGAUGAUUACCGAGUUCGAGUUAAAUAAUUAUACAUAUAAAAUACACUUAUAUAUAUAUAUAUACAUAAUACAUAUACUAUAUACAUUUAAAUCUAAUUAUACAUUAUACACAAGAGAUGAACAACAACAAAAAAUUGCUAUAAGUGGGUGGAAUAACACAAAAUCCCCCCUCCCCCGUCGCCCCCCUAAUCAUCCUCCCCCUCAUCAUAAAAUAAUAAAAAUGCUCGCAAUAAUUAUGGCAUUUUUUCGACAAAAUUUGUAAUCGACAAGUGAAAGAAAAAAAAAGCAUGCCGCAUUAUUAACCACAUAUACAUAAGUGCAACACAAACACCGCACACACACACUCACACAUAUAGCGUUAAAGCUCUUGAUCCUGUGACCUUUUUGGCCACAAGCUCGAAACGCUUUUUAAACCAUUUAGCCAGCAUUAGAUUUACAAAUUUUUGGCCCGAUAAAGAAAGAGCAGUACAGCGAUUGUGCCAAUUAGUGGCUGAUAUUUUUCCUGUACAUUUUAUAUAAUACACUUGAAUGAUGUAACGAUGAUUGAUUGAUGAUUGAUACUGAUGGAUGUGCGUACCUUUGUUUUAUUGGCCGCUCGCUGUGCAAUUUGCCAAAAGAAAAAAAAGAUAGAAAGAAAAACGUUUUGUAUCCGAAAAGAUUUACUCAUCUAGCAAACGUUUACGUAAUAUAUAUAUAUAUAUAUAUUUAAAUACAUAUAGACGAUCAAAUUUGUAGUCUUAAGUGGCAUAAUUAUUAUAUAUGCAUAAAUCCACAUUUGCCUGCCUCCCCAAAACAACCUAUCCCACAAAAAUAGAAAAGCGUGCAACAAAUUGUAAAUUAAUAUUGACGAUAUUGAUAAUGAUGUUUAUUUAUUGAAUGUAGUAGGAAGUGAGAGGUGUGCAACAUACAUACAUACAUACAUACAUAACACACAUACAUACAUAAUUAGUAA